CAGAAUCUAGCCACCCUCUGUCCAGAGAAAUUGGGGCCCACAACCCUGGGUCCCUCCCUGGCUCCAACCACUGUGGCUCAGCAGGGUUGCUUUAGGAAUUGGAUUUCCCACUAUCCCCUGACUCCUACUUGACUUAGUCUCCAGCCCAAGCAUCCUGUGAACUCAACCUCUUUUUCCCUGGAGAUGACGUCAAUGGGACUCCCUGACCCAGCAAAUGGAACCCAAUGGAGACAAAAGUGCAGCCCCACUGGCAAGAAAGGUGACAUCCAGGGCGAAGUUCCUAAAGCUGACAGCUGCCCCUCUCAGCAGAAAUCAGCUGAAAGGAUGUCUGGAGACAUGGACAAGCCCCUAAUUUCCCAUCAGCUUUUCGACAGCAAUCCCAACCUCACAGAGAUUCCCAGCCAGGCCCAGACCAUGGGCAUCCUGGGCAGUGGGGACUUUGCCCGUUCUUUGGCCACACGCCUGGUGAGCUCAGGCUUCGGGGUUGUGGUUGGGAGCCGAAACCCAAAAAGAACAGCAGGGUUGUUUCCUGCUGCAGCCCAAGUAACCAUCCAAGCAGAGGCUGUGAGCACACCUGAAAUAAUCUUUGUGGCCAUGUAUCGGGAGCACUACUCUACACUCUGUAGUUUGAGUGACCUGCUGGUGGGCAAGAUCCUUGUGGAUGUGAGCAAUAGUACAGAGCAGGAGCACCUCCAGCGGCGGGAGUCCAACGCUGAGCACCUGGCUUCCCUCUUCCCUACCUGCACGGUCGUUAAGGCCUUCAACGUCAUCUCUGCCUGGACCCUGCAGGCUGGCCCAAGAGAUGGGAACAAACAGGUGCUAAUCUCCGGAGAUCAGCAGGAAGCCAAACAUAAGGUCUCAGAGAUAGCCCGAGCCAUGGGCUUCAAUCCAGUAGACAUGGGGUCACUGGCAUCUGCCAGGGAGAUUGAGGCCAUCCCCCUGAGGCUCCUCCCAGAGUGGAAGAUUCCAAUCAUCUUGGCCCUGGGCCUCUUCAUCUGCUUCUACACCUAUAACUUCAUCCGGGAUGUGUUGCAUCCGUAUAUCCAAGAGCACAAGAACCGCUUCUAUAAACUCCCUGUCUCCGUGGUCAAUACCACAUUGCCCUGUGUGGCUUAUGUCAUGUUGUCGCUGGUGUACCUCCCCGGGGUCCUUGCCGCUAUCCUGCAGCUCCACCGGGGCACCAAAUACCACCAAUUUCCUGACUGGCUUGACCACUGGCUCCAGCACCGCAAACAGAUUGGCCUCAUCAGUUUCUUCUGUGCCUCUCUGCAUGCCGUCUACAGCUUUUGCCUGCCCCUGCGCCGUUCUCAUCGUUACCAGAUUAUUAAUGAUGCUGUCAAGCAGGUCUUGGCAAACAAGAGCAAUAUAUGGAAUGAGGAGGAAGUCUGGAGACUGGAGAUUUACGUCUCACUGGGAAUCCUGGCCCUAGGCAUUCUGUCAUUGCUGGCCAUCACCUCACUGCCUUCUAUCUCAAACUCUCUCAACUGGAGGGAAUUCAGUUUUGUUCAGUCUACCCUCGGCUUCCUGGCCCUGGUUAUAACUACCUUUCACACGCUCACCUAUGGCUGGACAAGGGCCUUUGAAGAGAGCCGCUAUAAGUUCUAUUUACCUCCCACCUUCACACUUACGCUGCUGGUGCCAUGCGUGGUCAUUCUGGCCAAAGGGCUGUUUCUCCUGCCCUGUCUUCGCUGUCGACUGGCACGGAUCAGAAGAGGUUGGGAGAAAGAAACCACAGUCAAGUUUGUAUUGCCUACUGACUACCCCCACACUGAAAAAACAAGCCACGUGUAAAUUCUGUGUUCUCUGUGGGACAUACCUGUGAUACUUAAUGCACUAUGAAUACCUUAUGGCUUUUUUUUUUAAUUGUGCGAUUUGAUGUAAUUGUGGAUAAAUAUGAAUAUUUGUUGAUAAGUUCUAAAUUCCUGGGAAGCUACUUUAUGCAGUAAUAUUCAAGAUACACAUAUAUGUAUAUAUGGAAUGUAUUAGAAUUAUCAUGUUUAGCAAAAAAAAAAAAAGGAAAGCAACUUAGAUGUUGAUAUCUAGCUUUAAAAAUUCCAGAUGCUAGCAGGAUGACAGAUCACAACACUCUUUUUGACCACAUCUGCAGAAAAGUACAAAUGUAGGCAUAAUUCUUUUUGCACAGGCAAGGAGGUAAAAUGUAUAUACACAUUUAUUAUUCUAAUAAAUGUGGUUCGUUCCCUCCCCUGCUCCCAAAGGCUUUACCACAAUUGAGUCAUUAAAAUAACAUAUGCCUAAAGCAUAGUUAAAACAGUAUCAUUAGCAGUGGUUCUCCCUGGUAUGGCUUCAAACACAUAGGGUCAAAAUUAUAAACCAGUUAAUGAACAUCUCAGAAUGCAACUUUCCAGGCUCAUGCAGCAUCAACCAUCAGGAAAAAGUGCUAUUGACUCUUCAUGACCCCCUCCCCAGAAGAUGGUCCCCAGUUAAUAAAGGGAUGCUGACAGGAUGCUGACUGUGGGUGAACAGAAGAGAACGGAAACAUCAUCCUUUGCUCCAGGGGGGUUUGGGACCAGAGCUGCUCUACCUAAUCCUUCCCCUGGCAGGGAAGAUUUCUUCCUGAAAGUCAGAAAUCAACACUGGCAACUGCAAAUUGAUUAUCAUGCAGAAGUGUGAAGUCUCUUCCUUACCAGAGCAGCUAAUGAACACAAUCCUGAGUAGAAGCGUAAUUUCCUUUCCUUCCUUUAAGUUUCUGAUGACCAUCCUUUAAACCAUUGUGCCUUCUCACCUUUGAAAACAUUGUUUUAAUUCUCUCCCAAGAAGGAAGAAAAACACCCACUUGGAAACUCAGGUCAAGGGGGGAAAAAAAGGUACCACUUUGGAGUUAAGCCUUUUUCAAGGCCCCUCUUCACUAUACUGGUUAUAUAUACAUAUAUACAUAUAUAUGUGCAAAUAUGUAUAGCCCACAAAGAGAUCUGUGUCACAGCUGUGCAGAGUGGCUGUUGUACAACAGUGUAACUGACCCAGGACAAGCUAAUGGUAAACCACAACGUUGCUGAUUUUCUUGUAAUGGGAGAACUAUUUUUUUUUUUAAAUUGCUAGAAAGGUGUCUUUUCUGCCAGGGCUCCAAACAUGAAGUGUUGCUGCCUAAAAGUACAAGAGCUGUGUACAGGGUUUGGAACAUUGCCCAGGGCUGUAGGAUAUUUACCAUCAAAUCAUAUGCCAACCCUUAUGGGUUAGUAUUAAAAAGCCUCUUCACAUUCCAAGUAGAGGAAAAGGGAGGAGAGGGAUGUAGAGGGAGAGGGUGAUAAGGAGAGGAGUGUUCUUUUACAAGCCAAACUCUCUAUCCUUUGACAGUUAACAGAUUUCCCAUCAGAAAAACAUGAUCUUUAAACAGAAAGGGAAAAAAAAAUCAGUAGUAUUAGAAGCAAAGGAAUCAGUAUUUCAUCACACUGAUGGGGAGCAUUUGCUCCCAGUAUAUUGCCUGAGUCUGUUGGGGCAGUCCCAAGUUUAUGGCAUCUCUAUAGGAAAGAAGAUGGCAAGUACGGUAGUGGCCAAAGAGAAGAAUCUGUCCAGUUUAUUAGAAUACUGCCAUUAUGAGAAUCUGCACCUUUUCCCAGGUAGCCUGUGAAACAAGUAAGGUUCUGUCUUCCCUCACAGGGAUGUUCCAUGAUUUUGUGUGUAUGUGAGAGAGAGAGAGAGAGAGAGAGAGAGAGAGAGAGAGAGAGAGGGAAAGAUAAUUGAAGUGCAAGGUGAUCUGAUUAGGACAAUGACCAUGAUGAAAGAGGAGGCCUGUGCAAAGUCGCUAUCCACUUCUUGGCAAAUAAUUAGAAAUCUGCUAGUCCUGGGCCAAGCAGAAGAAAUCUGCCUCAAGAUGACUUCCUCUCUGGUGGAUGUGUCAGUGAUUGAAGAGGAUGACUGACAAGUUUUAUCAUUUUCUUGGUGUAGUCAGGAACCAUCAACUCUACGCUAAUGGAGUACAGGGAGAACAUGGAACCAUGAAAUCUACCAUAAUCCAAAAACCUCAUUAGACAAUGCUUUUAUGUUCUUCACCUUAAAAAAGAAAUUGCUGACAAGUAGAAGAAUGAUUUAUACUUCUCCCUCCCCCUACCACCUCUUGCAAUAGGUGCUAAUGAGCAGUGAAAUGCCUAAAAGGUAGGCAGUGGGAGGAAAACAAGAAGCAAAGAACCUGGAAAAUCCACAAUUUAGAUAAUCAGCUUUUGAACAAUAGACUCGGUUGUAUGUUUAUUCUUGGCCUCUGUCUACUGCUACUUUUCCCUACCUCACCAGGAAACUGAUUGAUUACAUCAUUGCCAAGACAGCAAGUCACCUCAGUUAUAGCCUCAUCUUCUCUAUGUGCCUAUAGGUAAAAAUGUGCCUGAACAAGCUAUUGAAAUCCUAAAUGUCACAAUAUGAGGUUUACUUUUCAAAUCUAUGCUAUUUGAAGUCUGUGUACUUUGUUUUUACUUUGUAGAAAACAUUUAAGAAGCAGUGACAAUAAACAAAGAUACUGAUGAG